UUAAUUGAGAUCAUUUAGAAAAAGAGUGUAAUAUGAAGUUAAGACGGAUUAUGAUGAUAAUAAUAAUAAUAUGAUUCAAAAAGCACAUUAUAUAGUUAAAUUAUUCCAUUAAAUUAUUCAUUCAUCUCACGAGAAGAAACUCAUUGUGGAAAUAUUAAAUUGAUUGGCCAGCCUUUACAAUGUCCUUAACACUGGACCUUAAAUAUUUGGUUGGAUUAACCGGGAAAGGUGAUCGUAGGAUUAAAGUUUCAUUUCGUGAGGCUAAACAGACUUCAAGGAUUGCAACAGGUCAUGACAGUGUAUAUUUUGGACAGCGUAUCACUUGGCCAGUCAGUCGUCCAUUGGAUGAUAAAGAUGUAUUAAUUCUAAAAGCCUAUCAUGUAAAAAAAGGCUUACCAGACACUUUAUUAGGUUCCUUGUCAGUAAACCUCUAUCCGUUGAAUAGAGAUGUACAUUCAAUAUUUCGAGAGAAUCUUGUGGAUAGUUCAUGUCAUCCAACUGGUGUCAUACUUUUGUUUGAACUUCGUUAUCAAUCGCCUGACAGUACACGAGGUGAUUUGGAGAAAGACUUGAUAAAUUAUCCACUGGCGGAUACAGAAUAUGGUUUAGAGAAUGCUGAAUAUGAAAUUGACGAGGAUCAGCCAGCACCUUACAGUUCACUUGUCGCUAUGGAAGAAGAUAUAAACCAGAUGAUCGACCGUGAACUCGGUAUCACUGAAGAUGACGUAUGGGAAGUAGACAGUCAGUUGUCUGCACCGGAGAGAAGAGAUCCUCGAGUUGAACCAUUACUUGGUCCAACUAUAUUCAAGGCCAAUCAGUUUCAGCUAGGAAUUACUAUUGUUGAGGCAAGAAAACUCGGUGGAACAAAUAUCAAUCCAAUGAUCAGCGUGACUGUUGGCAAAACUGUACAAAAAACGGUGACAAAGUAUUCAACAAACUGUCCAUUUUAUGAUAAUUACUUUGCAUUCGAUUUUACUAGACCAAAGAUCAGUAUACUGACUGAAGUGAUACGAAUUCGAGCUUUCAACAUGAGAUCACAUCCUUUAGCACGUCUGUUGCCCGGUAAAUUAGUCGGUGAAUUUGUGACAGAUGUCCAGACAGUUUACAAUGAAAAAGAUCAUUCUAUAUUGAAUAAAUGGGCAGUGCUUAUUGAUCCAAAAGAUCCUUGGAAAGGUCCAACUGGUUAUGUUAAAGUUGAUAUGCACGUGACAGAAGAAGGACAACAAGUGAAGAGAAUUCGAAGAGAGAAACCUGAUCAAGAUGAAAUAAUUGAACACCAUUUACUUCUCCCUCGUCAUAUUGGAAUGCCGCAGAAGAGGAUAAUGCUGUCAAUGAAAGUCAGCAUUUAUCAAGCUGAAGACUUGCCACCAAUGAAUACGGAGAUAAGCAAUAGAAUAAGAAAGGCGUUUGUUGGAGAAAAUACGCCUAAUGUUGACUCUUAUGUAGAGGUUUCUUAUGCUGGCCAUACAGCUCGAACUAAAACAGAACGCUAUAAUUACAAUCCAAUAUGGAAUGAAACAAUAGAAUUCUGUGAUUACUUUCCUUCGUUUACUAGAACAAUAAGAAUUAAUGUUAGAAAUGGUGGAUUGAAAGGCGAAUUAAUUGCUACGCGUUUAAUUGACAUACGUGAUAUAAUGUGUCAUGUUGGCGGUCGCAAUUUUCCAUACUUUGGACCAUCAUGGAUCAAUCUUUACGGAACACCUCGCAUCUACUCCUAUGCUCAGAUGCUUCGUCCAGAGGCUGAAUUGAAUCAAGGCCUUGGAGAAGGUGUUGCUUAUCGUGGCCGAAUAUUGGUUACAAUUAAAUCAGCGGAAGAUGAGGACGUCAUUCGAAUCGGUACUAGUAAAUAUCCUGCUAGUCCUGUUUCAGAAACUGCUGCUGGAAAGAAAAGUUUAUAUUUCCUUUUCGCGUGCUUUUCUGAUGCAAGUGUAAUUGAGAAAAAUCUUGGCCUUAAGAACAAAGCAGUUUCAUAUGAAAUGAGUUUUGGACUAUACGGUAAUAUGUUAGAUGGGAAACGAGGUGGAGUAGAACCACAAACAAUAGAAGUUAUACAACCCAAUGAUAAUAGAGAACGCGUUGACUGGUGUCAUACAACCACACCACCACUCAUUCCAUUAACAGAUGACAAGGAAUAUUAUUAUUUAAAUUUUGGCAAAAAGAAACCAUGUUUAUAUUUGACAGCGUAUUUUGAAGAUCAUCGUACUAGAAUGUGUAUACCAAAUAUUUUAGAAAAGUUAUGUGAAGAAUUUUAUUAUCAGAUUCAACGCGUUAAACACUUGUAUAUUAGACGAAAAAUAUCUGAUUCAAGAAAUUAUCUUCGAACAGUUUUCUUGAUUAUGGCGAAAAAAUUCAAUCAAGCUCAAGAAUCGAUUCGAUCGUGUCGUGAUACUGCUAGUACUACACUACUCGAUCGGGAAUACUCUCGACGAAUACGCCGGGAUCUACGUCGAAUGGCUAUGUAUAUGAUUAAUCUAUCGAAACAAGUUCAUAAGCACACGUUGGGGGAAAAAAUCAAAGAUAUUAAUGGGUUGCACAGACGUCUACGUAGUUUAAUUAAUUGUCCUCAAGAUGGUUUACCGGAUGUUUUCGUCUCAAUGAUAAUGGAAAAUCAACGAGUUGGUUUUGUCAGAAUUCCCGCACGCGAUAUUUAUUAUUCAGCUGUGGAAGGUGAACGAGGCAAAUGGAGUGGAAAAAUGGCAACUUUAUAUUUGCGUAAACAAGGACGUGAAGGUGUCGGGCCUAAAGGUUGGAGAAUUCAAAGUCAAAUACGUGUAUACUUAUGGCUUGGGUUGAUUAAAGAUUUCGUUGCUUACACGUGCGGUUUACCUGGUGGAUAUGAUAGAAGUGUAUUCAGCACACCGAAACCGCCGAAUGAACUGGUUUAUCUAGAGAGCAGUUGCUUCCAGUUAAGAUGUUAUAUAUUUAUAGCACGUGACUUGAUAGCGUCUGAUUCUAGUGGUAUGUCAGAUCCAUUGGCUCGAAUACUGGUCGGACCACAUGUAUUACAAACACAAGUUCUAUAUCAGACUAUGAGUCCUAUGUGGGAUGUUGUACUCUGUAAACAAGUAGUAUUCUAUCAGAAUGCUCAGUCUGUGAAAGAAAAUCUUCAAGAACUUAUUGUGGAAAUAUUUGAUCUUGAUCCUGGAAAUAACUUGGAAUUCCUGGGACGGUGUUUCUGUGAGAUAAAUGUAACUCUGGAUGGGGAGAAAUACAAACCACCACGUUUACAAUGGUGGCCAAUAUUUCGUGGACAGACACCUGGUGGGGAAUUAUUGGCUGCUUUUGAUUUAAUUCAGGAAGAUUCACAUAUUCCGUUCGAGAACUUACCAACUUUUGAAGAAUUAGCUGCCUACACUAAAGAAUUCGAUGAUCGUGUCAUCUUGAAAAGCAUUGAAGGCAUGUAUCUAGACGAUGAAGACGAUUUGAACAAAGAUUCAGAUAGUGAAGAUGAUGAAAUGAUGAGCAAUGUAAUGGAUGAUGAAUUCGACGAUAUCUUCGAUACAGAGUCAGUAAUGUUGUUAGAUCAGGAUAGUGAUGAUCAUUUGAAAAAUGCUAAACGCAGACAAAUUAAAAUUGGUAUGGCACCACCGAAACUUGUUCUAGUCAGACGUAAAGGUGACUAUCGGAUACCGGAUAAUAUUCGACCACCUCUGCAACGUUUCAGGAUGGAAGUUUUAUUCUGGAGUGUAUGGGGUAUGGUACGUCAACACUUGUUACCGGUUAAACGACCACGUGUAGUCGUUGAAAUUGGUGGUCAUAAAUUAGAAUCAGAAGUGAUCAAUGAUUUGUCUAAACGACCCGUCUUUGAUACAAAGCUGAAGGCUAUGGAUGUUUACUUACCAGUUGAUGAACGUUAUUGGCCACCUUUAGUUUUUUCAUGUUUUGAUAAUCGGAUAUUGGGGACAAAAAUAACAAUUGGAAGUCAUACAAUUUCAAAUGCACGUGACUACUUGGUGUUAGACGGUGAUAGUCAAUGGUCAGAUAAUGCUAGUACAGUAUAUAUUGACAGUGAAUCCGAUGGUCCAGGAAGAUUGAAUUUUGGUUUUGGCAAAGGUGAAGAUCUAUCUUUUCAAGAGGCGAACAGUGAACUGAUGCUAUCGAAGAUAAGUGAUAAUGAUUUCGAAAGUAAACAAUCGUUUGAAACAAGUAGAUCUGCUGCUGAACUCUUAGCUGAUAUGAAUCCAAGUUUUCAACAGUACGGUUUAAAGUAUAAACUACCUGAUAAAGUUGAUGAAUUGGAUGUAAUGUCUUCAGAUGGCGGUGUAAUCUCUGGUGUUAUAACAGAUAAGAAACCAGCUGAAGCUCUACCGGGUCAAGCUCAUCUUGUUACAACGCAUCCUGGGCCAACACCUGAACAGCUAGCCACAGCUGAUUGGUGGACUCGUUUUUAUGUAACAAUAAGAAGUGGAGAGAGUAAUUAUGAUGAAUCUCGAUAUAAAAAUGAAGUUGACCCUCUGACGGAUUCAGAAGACAGUGAUAUUGAAGAGAAAUUAGAGAAAAUUGCAGUCCAGUCAGACAAUGACUCAGACGAAGAAGCUAUCCAAAGCAACGGAGUACAACCAACUUACUUAGAUUAUAAACAGAAAAGAAGAUGUUGGCGAAGAGCUAAUAAGAAAACAAAGAAAAAGUUGACUGCCUUAGAAAAACGUCAAAUGGAACUCGCCAAGCGUAGAGCAAAAGUUAAAAAGAAGAAGAAUAAGAAGAGUGUGAAAACAAAAGUCAAAGAAAGAUUUAUUAAUUCCAAGGGACUGUUUCAAAAGGAAUUUAUAGACUUAAACUAUGACAUUGAGACUCAGGAGGAUCAAAGUUGGGUAGAAACAAUAUUAAUAUAUCCAGUUGCACUUGAAGAAGUCCCAGAUUUUAACCGGUUUGAGCAACCUUUCCAAAAUCUUCCAUUUUAUAAAGGGAAACAACGUGAUGACGAUGUAUCUGAUAGCCGUAUAACAGGAUUUUUCAAGGGUAAUUUAACCAUUUAUCCGGUGAAUGAUGAUGAGCCCUUACCAACUGAAAUGUCACAAUUACGGUUACACAAAACGCUACCAAGCAAAAUAAAAGUCAAGUUAACUGUACGCUUAUACGUUAUAAGAGCGAUUGAAUUGCAUCCAAGUGAUCCAAACGGUAAAUCUGAUCCGUAUUUAAUUGUUUCAUUGGGUAAAAAUGUUAUCAAUGAUCGAGAUGAUUAUAAACCGAAAACCUUGAAUCCUAUAUUCGGAAAAUAUUAUGAAUUCAUUGCUCACUUACCAAUGGAUUCUCUGCUCAGUAUACAGGUAAUGGACCAUGAAAGAAUAGGGGCAGAUACGCUUAUUGGUGAAACUCACAUUGAUAUAGAAAAUCGUUUCCAUAGUGCUCAUCGUGCCACAUGUGGUCUUAUGCCCAAAUAUUAUGCUCAUGGUUACUGUCAGUGGAAAGAUAGUCAACAGCCAACAGAGAUACUGGCAAAACUCUGCGAGAAGUACGGGAUUGAACAACCGGUUUAUAAUAUACUAGAAAAUAAAGUUACAAUUGGUAAUGAAUCAUUUUAUGGUAAUACAGAAAUUCGUAGUGAAACAGGUAUUACAAUUAAAUCCGUUGAACCGUUAGCACUGGAAGCAUUGCAUAAUUGGUCAUCUAUUAUCAAUAAGGAUAUAAAACUAGUCACUGAACAUGUAGAAACACGUUCUCUAAAACAUCCAGAUAAUCCUGGCCUAAUCCAAGGUCGUUUACAAAUGUGGAUUGAUUUAUUUGAAAGAGAAGUUGCAGUCCCUCCACCAGCUAUUGAUAUAUCCCCACGUGUACCAGCAGCAUAUGAACUACGUGUUAUAAUAUGGAAUACAGCUGAAGUGAAACUCACUGAUACAUCACUGUUUUCAUCAGAGAGAAGUUCUGAUAUUUAUGUUAAAGGAUGGAUAAAAGGUGUUGGCAUUGAUGAUCAAAAAACUGAUGUUCACUAUAGAUCGUUAUCCGGUGAAGGGAAUUUCAACUGGCGUUUUAUAUUUCCAUUUGAUUAUAUUAAAGCAGAAGAUCGGAUAAUUUAUCCUAUUAAAGGAACAUUUGACAUAGAACCGCAUAUGAUGAAAGCUAACUGUGAAUUGACAUUACAAGUAUGGGAUGCUGAUAUUAUUACCAGAGAUAAUUUUAUUGGAUCGAUCACAAUGCGUCUGUCAUCUUUACCCCGAUGUGCUAAAACAGCUAAGAGUUGUGGACUACAUCAGUUAGAAAGUGAUUGUCCUAAAUUUUCAAUGUUUAAAAAUCGAAGUGCCCGUGGCUGGUGGCCUGUGACUGAUGAAGAGGAUGAAGAAAUUGUUGUUCAGGGUAAAGUUGAAUGUCAACUGGAAAUGUUGAACAGUGCUGAAGCUGAAAGCAAUCCUGCUGGUCUAGGUCGUGAUGAACCGAAUGGGCUUCCGAAACCAGAUCGACCGGACAGUACAUUCAUGAAAUUCCUUGGACCAUUAAAUACUCUGCGAUAUCUAGUUAAAUAUCGACUAAAAUGGGUACUGUUAAAAAUUUUCAUUAUAUUCCUCAUCUGUCUAAUUAUCUUCUUAUUCCUCUACAGUUUUCCUGGUGCUGUUGUCAGCAGAAUAGUAAAUUCCUAAGGUUUUAUAUUUUUUUUUUAAAAAAGCACGAAACAAACGACAUCCGCUUGUAUUAUCCCUCCUCCCCUUCUGUUAUCCUCUCUAGGUCUUAUUCACAUACAUAUACAUUGAAUUAGCAUUAAAUUUCAUAUCUUAUAUUUUUAUAAUGCACAUUAUCGAUUUUUAUCGAAAAAAAAUCAAAAUGGUUCAUAUUCUCUACAUUUCUAUGUACGUG